UCCGCCCUGCCGUGCGGUCGGCUCGCCGUCCUGACAUGCUAUUUCUCCUGCUGCUCGCCGGCAUCCUCGCCAGUGGCAUCCUGGCCGAGCCCCAGGUGACUCACCGAGUCUUCAUGGAGCUCUCUAUCGGUGGAGAGCCCGCCGGCCGGCUUGAGAUUGGCCUGUUCGGUGAGCAUGCGCCCAAGACGGUGGAAAACUUCCUCGGGGUAAUCAAGGGCUUCACGUCGAAAGGGUCGGGCAAGUCGCUUGGCCUCCGCGGCUCCAAGCUUCAUCGCAUAAUCCCAGGGUUUAUGGCGCAGGGUGGGGAUAUUACUCGAGGCGAUGGGCGCGGCGGCGAUUCCAUCUGGGGCGGCGCGUUUGACGACGAGUCCUUUCGCUACAAACACUCCCGUGCUGGCCGCGUCUCAAUGGCCAACGCGGGUCCGAAUACGAACAAGUCUCAGUUUUUCAUCACCUUCAAGGCCACACCGCACCUCAACGGCAAGCACGUUGUCUUCGGCCAGGUGGAGGGCGUUCCCGCGUCGGGCAGCCAUCCCGUCUUGGCCAAGCUCGAGGCCGUCGGCUCGCGUGGAGGCCGGCCCUCGGCCGAGGUGAAGGUCGAGGUGUGCGGUAUCCUGCCAAACGCACACUCUCACGAGCUGUGAAACAUUCGCACCUGGGCUGUUUUUAUGACUAUGUGGGACGUCUGCGA